UAGAAACCAGCAGCCAAGAGUGAGAGCAGGCAUUCCUACAAAGAGGGUCUCAGAACGAUGUGAGAACAAGAACAAGGGGGCGCAACUUCAGGGAAGCAGGAGUGAAAGAGACUUCAUUUCACUGCAACUGGAAGUUCAUUUACUGCUUUCUGAAACUUCUGUUCAAACAUGUACUGGUGGAAAACUCUGGAUCCAGGAUCAAGCUGCACACAAGAGUUGGACGAUUAAAAGCAGAUUGAGGUUGAGAUUCAAUUGCUGCUUCUUGUUUUUGUUAUUUUUGUUUUGAUCAGGAUUGUUUUGAGCAUUGAACAUGAUCAUGGCUGACCUAAAGUGGGCUGUGAGGACUCUGCUUGGACUGAGCUGUAUCCUAGCUGCUCAGGGACAGGGGGAACCCCCAGACAGUAACCCCUGGAGGCAGAUGAUCCAGUGGGAGAACAACGGCCGGGUUUAUAGCCUGCUGAACAGUGGAUCAGAGUACCUCCCAGCCAGUCAGGACCGCAGCCACAGGAACCCUCAGGUGUUGGUCGGAGAUACAUCCCGUAGUUCGCGGAGGACCCAGGGAAACACACGCAGGCAGGCCCCAUCAACACCUUCCCGAGGGACAUCUGAGACCAUCAGGGGACAGACUAGACACCCUUUCGGAUUCGGGCAAGUGCCAGAAAACUGGAGGCAGGGGGGAGAUGCCAGUAGUCAAUUCCGACCUUCCUCCACCAGCAGGUUAAGGCAAACUGGGUCUUCGUCUUCUUCUUCCUCUUCUUCAUUUUCCCAAUCAUCUUUCAGUGUGCCUGCUUACCCACAGUACCCCUUCCCCCAGCAGCCUUCCUACCCUGUUCCUUAUGACCCCCAUCCUGUGGAAUUACCAUUGCAGGGUCAGGGCCAUGAAAGCCAGUAUUACAGAGGAACUGGGUAUGCUGGGGGUGGUAGUUUUGCUGGGGCAGGACAACAGUUGCAACCUAGACCCCGUUACGAAGAUUAUGGUGAGGAAACCUACAGAUAUCAACCUCAAGGACACAAUCCAUCACUAGGGAGGCCCUAUGUGCCCAAUGCUGCCCCUCAGCAGCCGCCACAACCUCCAUUUUCAGACGGCCUGGACCGCCGCUACACUCACAGUCUCUACCAUGAAGGGGCUGCAGCCCCAGACCCAUCAUCUCAGGGCACCUGGAACUCAGCUGCAAAUCCGGACAGGGUCAUCCCCCCUGUCCGGAGCCCACAGUACGAGCAGUACCCCCCCUUCCAGAGAAUGGAUCCCCUGCCAGCCGCAGGGACAGAGGAACAGCCUGCCCCACUGCCUAGAGUCAGUGUGGGGAGUGUCUACAGGCCAGUCCAGAGAGGAUUGCCAGACCUGGUCCCUGACCCCAACUACGUCCAGGCCUCCACCUACAUCCAGAGGGCCCACCUCUACUCCCUGCGCUGUGCUGCUGAAGAAAAGUGUCUCGCCAGCUCUGCUUAUGGUGCGGACACCACCGACUACGACGUCAGAGUGCUUCUGAGAUUCCCUCAAAGGGUUAAGAACCAGGGCACAGCGGACUUCAUGCCCAACAGACCACGUCACACCUGGGAGUGGCACAGCUGUCACCAGCACUACCACAGCAUGGAUGAGUUCAGUCACUAUGACCUGCUGGACGCAGCGACGGGGAGGAAGGUUGCUGAAGGACACAAAGCCAGCUUCUGCCUGGAGGACACAACGUGUGACUUCGGUCACCUGAAGCGCUACGCGUGCACAUCGCACACCCAGGGUCUAAGUCCUGGUUGCUAUGAUACUUAUAAUGCAGACAUCGAUUGCCAGUGGAUUGACAUCACAGAUGUCCAUCCAGGAAACUACAUCCUCAAGUUACAAGUAAACCCGAAAUACACGGUGCUGGAGUCCGAUUUCACAAACAAUGUGGUGAGGUGCAAUAUCCAUUACACUGGACGCGUAGUUACAACUACAAACUGCAAAAUUGCCCAGUCCUGAUAUAUUUCCUAAGCUCUGGAAAGGCUGGUUUCCAUGAAAAUGCAGUUCUGAAAACCAUGAAUGGAACCCAUGAGUCUGUUUACGAAACCAGAACAACCUGGGGCCCAGGAUAGCACUGAGAAUGGUACUGACGUCAACCAGCACUCAAGCACUGGGUCUACAAAGAACACUACGACAGCUUUCUAUUGUCUACAUCUCUUGUAUUACUAUUAUUUUGUUAGAAGAGGAGUUCAUUGGGGUUACUCAAUACAUUUAUUUACGAAAAAGACCUUGCUAAGAUCUCUUAAAAGCCUCCAGAACAACCAUCAUGUCUCACGGAUUGCAUCCAGAUGACCUAUCAUUCUUGAACGAAGAGGCAAAGGCACUGAUCUGUCCUUUAAAAGUGCUUUUCUUAACAUAAACAGUGGUCUUCCACAUAAGGUAUACUCUUAAAUAUUGGUAUUAAUGUGUGUCAUGAAAUGUGCUUCUUAUCUGCAUGUGUCCAGUCUGAAUCCCCCACCUAAUAAGCAGUUUGAUCCACCAAGGAGCAGUUUAGCGCUGGAUUGAAUGUUCCAAAACUACCUAUCACGCGUGUGGAUGGUCUUACAGCAUUCCAUUCAAUUCUUGUUCAAGUUUUCCUUGUUUUGUUGUUUAGCAGCGGUAAGUUAAUACCAUACCUUUGGGGCUACUGUGAUAUAAACCUAAAAAAAAUCACCGUUAAUCAAGUUAAUUAAUUAUCAAAACAUUAUUAUAGUUUAAAUAAAAUAUAAAAAGUUAAUAAUAAAGUAAGGACCCGAUCAUAAUGAAACUGGAAGGGUGUUUGCCUAAUAAUUGCCAAAUGAUUUUGAUCGAAGAUCUUUUAAUAGCUGUUGGGUGCUUUAGAGAACGCUCUCUUAUAGCAAUAUGCGAUUGUUCUGUUCACACACUAGCAAAUCAAUCCAGCAAGUCGCUACAGUAUAAUAGUAACAACACAUAAACAAACAAACACACACACAAUAAGAGCUAGAAAACAUUUUAAAACGAUUCUGUUUUUUGCACUGGCACCGUGCUUGUGUAACAUCCGUAAACAUUUCCCUUUCCUUUUCUUUCUCUCCACUGUGAGAGGCAGCUGUUUAGUUUGGCACGAUGUUAGUGCUCCUUCACAUUUCUCAUUGUGUAAAUACGCUUGUCCUUAAGCCCCCAUUCCAUCCAAUCACUUUUGACAGACUCCAAUGGCAGAACAUUUCUAAUGCAAUAUCCUGAGAUGGUAUUGGCAGCUCUACAGCUGAUUGGAUUGUAAUCACUGAGCACUAUAGACAGAUAUAAGCAGGAACAGCUGUUUUUUAUAUUUGUAUUAUAUCCUCUGUAUCUGUAUACAAUCAUUACAUUUUUUAAUCAAAUGAGAUGCAUAUUAGGGAAUCAUUUAUGGCUGUAAACUAAAUACAGAUGGUUUUAUUAUGCAAUUGCCUGUUUCCACUUCUCUCAGGCUGUUUAUAAUGAAAUCCCUGUUUGCAGGCCUGAAGGAUAAAGUUAUAAAGGUAUGUGCAAAUAUACAUACACUCCCAUCCCAAGCACUGACUUGGAGCUAGCUCAGUCCGGGAGCGACGCCAAACAUUUUAUUCAUGUUUCCAAUUACACCCUAAUUACAGGAUAAAGAGUCAUUAAAAGCAUCUAUAUGAAUGAGCGUCAUAUUUAUUUUGCAGUUACAGCCUUUGUGAUACCCAGGACUUAAUAAUCAAGGAUUCUCAAUAAUUCUGUGCGUGUCUGUCUAAUCCCCUGUUAGUGGAGUUCCUCCGAAUUUCUCUUUGGAGGAGCACACGAUCCUUGCAGCUGGAUACAGUGUGCAACCACAUAUGCUGACCAGAUACUAAUUUGUUUGGUCUAUGGGGAAGCUAAUGUUUGAUAAAGUAAAGCUAUCCCCCCCGCAGCAAAGAUAGUAAUGUAUUUCCUCCAGUAUAGUGCAACAAAGAAGUCCUGUCUGAUUUCCUGUUUUACAACUAGAAUGUAUAACACAAUCAAGACAGUGGCCCUUAGGGAAGCUGUAUAAAGAACUAAUGAAGCCACAUCCCUGUGUUGCCCUUCUGGCUCUAGCUUCUCUAUAGCUGGCUACACAAUGCUGACUUUCUGUUAGAGCCGCAAUGGCGUUGGGUUCACUUUAUAAAUCUUGAUCUGCUACAGACAGACCGGGUGGAGGGUAAUUAUUUACAACUAAACAUGUACAUGCUGAGGUUAACAUGCUUUUACAAUGCAUUGAACAAGGAACACAGCUUAUUUUUCAUUAUAAAACACAAUAUUUGGUACAACAUGCUUUCAGAAAGCGGUUACACCUUCCAGAUAAUUUCACCUCAGCCGUGCUUUUCGGUCAAAGCAUGUUACUAGCAUGUCAGUCACCAGGGAAAGCAGCAGCUAAUGGCAGGAAAGAAGCCGUUGAAGAUUGGAGACAAUUUCACUGCAUGGUUUGCAAACAGAGAUUCCUUAAUUGAGAUCUAUAUAACUAAUGAAAGUCCAUAAAAGGUAUGAUUUAUGGAAUUAUGUUGUGAGCUACAAUCACUUUCAGUUUGGUGGGUCAGUGGUUUGGGGCCUUAUCCAUAAUUAUCAACAACUUUAAAUUAGCGCAGGAUAUGCUGUAUCAUUACCUUGCUGUACAGUUACUUUUUUUUAAAAAGGGGCCUUGUCAGGGAUGGUUUGUCCCUUUUGCUUAGCAAUGAAAUCCUGGGCUUCUUUUUGGGUGCUAUUGAGUCCAGUGGUGUUACUUGCAUCUUUACAGUACUGUUUUGCCUUUUCUUACAUGGAAAAGUGCUUGAAAAAGAACUACUGACGUUGGAAGCAACUCCUCACAGACUUACUGAGAAAAGGAGAAGUGUGGAGGGGGUCUAUGGCAUUAAUAAAGCAAUACCGUGAGCCCUGAACUCAGGGAGUUAUUGUGUUGUACUGUAGCUGGAACCCUACUGUGAGGUUUCUGUGCUGAGUAAUGUGGGAUGUUACUGCAGGGGAUAGCUAUGGUGGCUGGGAAGUGCAAAGAGGUAGCAAAUCUACACAGAGAAGUAGCUGCAAGUCCCCUGGUUGCACUUCUCAGACCCCGUAAAUAGCCACCGUAGAUAGCAGACAUUGAAAAAUACUUUUUUGAACUUUGUAUAAGCUCCAUAUGAAUAAAAUAAGUGUAUAAAUACA